AUGUUUACGCCGAAGGCUACGACUUCAAUGCUACAUUUAAUUAUCGGUCUUUUAAUGAUGCAAACAACAAAUUCUGAAGCGGAUCAAUGUGAUUGCGAGAAUGAUUAUGGCUCACCGUUUUGUGAUGAAAUUCAAAAUAAGGAUACAGAAUGUUAUGCGGAUAAUGAGAAACUAAAGCUAUCAGCAAAAGGCAUACAUUGUGCGAAAAGUUGUGAAACAUGCUGUAAACUACCACGUUUUCAAUGUGAAGAUCGUGGAGUGCGCUUAAACUGUGAUCGAAUCAAAACAAGUGGUUUAUGCAAAACCACAAAUGGAAUACUUCUUUCGUUAUUCAGCGCAGAAUGUCCUAAAACAUGUGGUCUAUGCGGUCAAGAAUGUAUUGAUUGUGAUCCCGUGAUUUGCAGUAUUUUGAAAUCAAAUUGUGAAAACGAUGAGUCAAAAAGAUUAUGUCCACAAACGUGCAAUGUUUGUCGACCAAUAAAUAUUUGUUUCGAUACGACAGAAUAUUGUUCAUCACUAAAAAAUAGUUGCGAUGAUCCAAGGUUGAAGCCUAUAUUGCAACUAUCAUGUAACGAAACAUGUGGCAUGUGUCAUUCAGAAUCAUCACCAAUGAUAAAACCGAAACCGACUGUUGAAUAUUGCGUUGAUGCAGAUCCAAGAUGUGCUUCAUGGGCAGCCAAUGGUUUUUGCAGAAAUUCAUUCUACAGAUCAUUGCUUAACAAAUGUAUGAAAAGCUGUCAUCUAUGUUGA